AUGUUUUACAAGAAUCGCAGAUCACCAAUCUCCUUGCUACGACACCACAACCCUCAACCCUGCGUCCAGCUUCCACUCGACUCGCCCGACUGGAACAGUGAAGAGCACGCCGACCUGGUCAGCCGCGACAGGGUCAAGGUCAAGGAGGCUGUCCGGCGCUAUCUCCAAGAAAAGGUGCGUGAUGACUGGGUAUUCGGUUGGCCUCUCGAACCUGUCCCGGCCGACGAGUCGUCCAAGCCAUCAGUCGCCUCUGCCCAUCACCACGACGAAAAGUCAUCAGCCGACGCUGUCGACCGUGAUGAUGGUGAUGAUGAACCUGCGGUAGAAACCGACAAGGGAUAUCAUGUCGACGACGACGACGACGACGGCGACGGCGACGACGCCCAGUCCACAUACUCUCUCGUCUCCGACAUCCCACCCCACUACAGGGCUCUAGAAGAAUGGGACUCGGACGUGGCCGUCGACAAUGAGCCGUCUCCCAUCCCAAAGAACGAGCACCCAGUCAGCUACGCCCACCUGACGCGCGAGGAGAGACGGGCCCUCAAGCGCCGUGACCUGCGCAGCGACAUGGAAUGGAACCGGGGACUAGCAUGCUUCGAGGCCCGUCGCAUAGCCUGGACCCAGGCCAGGACAGUCCGCCUACGUCCCUCGACCAACGUCAACACGGCCAGCAUGACCUGCAAGACGGAGUCCGUCAAUCCUGCCUCCGUCGCAGCAGCAGCGGCCCCACCACCGCCGUCGCAACCGCCGGCCUCCCCCCAGCGCUCCUCGACGCGGCUCUUCUUCUUCCGUCGCCGCUCCACAUCCCCCACAUCACCCGCCGCCGCCGUAGCGGGCGGCUCCGAAUCCUCACCACCGCCCGCCGCGACGGACGAAUCCGCCUCGGCCACGGAAAUACCCGCACCGUCCUCUCCCACCGCAGCCAGCCGCUCCACCGCCGGCGCCGCCGCUGCCGUCGACGAGUCUUCCUUACCCGUCGAGACGGUCGUGCCGCUCGCCCCGCCUAUCCUCCCUCCCACAAACCCCCUGCGCGCCUCCAUCGUCCCGGCAAACUACCUCCAGCUCUACGACAAGGUCAUCGCCAACUCCAUGCAGCCCUCGUGCCCGGUCAACCUGUCCGACAUGGUGGCCUCGUGCAUCACCGGAUGGAAGCGUGACGGCGAGUGGCCGCCUCGCUCCGCGCCCGCCGAGCAACUCGGAGGUCGUACCCGGAGGUACGGCGCCGGCAGGCGCGCCGCCAUCGCCAUCACCAGUAACACUGGGAAUGACGGCGGUGAUGGUGCCACCGGCGGCGUCGGCGUAGACGGGAGGAGGAGGAGCAUCACCGCCCUCUUAGGCCCGGGGGGUGCCAGGGAGACGGGGACGGGAAAGGGCGUCAGGCAGAGCAUCUCAAAGGUCCUAGGCUUAUCUUUGACCGUCUCGCCAUUUUCCGGCGAUGGCUAUCAUUAG